AUGAUUGCACAAGUGUUGAAAAUCCUCUGUUUUGCGGCUCUUUUGGCCAAAACUUCUGCUAGGAGUAAAGUCGAAAAUGUGGAAGGCCUUUGUACGCCAGAAAACGACCCCGGCUGCGAUCACAUUUGCGUCAUGAAUCCUCUUUACGGCGCGCUCUGCAAUUGCCAUUUCGGAUACAAGCUUUAUGAAGAUAAGAAAACAUGCGUUCUAACUCGCGAAAUCCUCGAAGCUGGAGAGCGUGAGCUCGAAGAAAACUACGCCGUCCCUGUCGCCAUUAUCUGCCUUGUCGGCGCGCUAGUGAUUUUCAUCAUGUCGGCAGUCACGUGGUAUUGCGUCACUAGAACUCCUGAAAGCUAUCCUGCCUCGGUAAUCGUAUCGAAUUAUUAA